UCAAAUGUGGUCUUUGUAACUUGCUGUUUGUGUUCACUGUUACGUAACCGCGAUGUUCUUUCGGAAGUGACAUUUUAUAGUGUAAAGUGAUAAAGAACUCGUGGAAAAUGUUGGCGGACGGUGAAAUUGUUGGUGAUGGUUCGUGGAACCUCACCGUUUACGUGACAGACUUAAAUGAGAAACGUACUAUGGUUGUGAAGGGCGACAUGCACAUCGGCGGGGUUAUGUUGAAACUGACAGAGAGCUUCGAGUUUAAGAAAGACUGGUCAGAUCAUGCACUCUGGUGGCCGACUCGCAACAAAUGGCUCUCAAGACCCAAACAUACCCUGGACCAGUACUCCGUACACGCCGACGCCACGCUCCACUUCACGCCAAUGCACAAGCCCAUUAGGAUUCAGCUGCCAGAUCUCAGAUACAUUGAUUUCAAGAUAGACUUCUCGAUAGAUACAUUCAGUGCUGUUGUUCAGCUUUGCAAGAGCAUCGGUAUAAGACAUCCAGAAGAGCUAUCCCUAUGCUACCCGUUGGAGCAGUCGCACUUGAAACAGAACUACCAAAACCUAAAACAAGCUAAGAGUAUAAAGUCAAAUCAACCUGACACAAAUACAUUCAACCCCAUCGUGAGAGGCUCUUCCAACAGUCUGGACAGAUCCAAUGGCCCGUGUCCAGCGACACCGCCCCCACCGAGAUCAUCAUCUGCUACUCCUAUAGCACAGCAGAAUGGCACACUCAGACGGUAUGGUGGACACAUUUACAGCACUCAAAGCGACGGCUCCAGCGACGGUGGCUACUGCGGUACUCCACCACGAGCUGCCUCCUUAGAUGCGCUGGACUCCUUAGCAGACUCUCCCAUAGAAACUACCAGCCUGUCACGAGAUUCACUCUUAACCCCUAAGUCGCUCGUGGAACGAGCGAGGAUGAAUGUUGGAUGGUUGGACUCAUCGCUGUCUAUCAUGGAGCAGUAUGUCCGCGAAUGGGAUGUCCUCCAACUGAGAUUCAAAUUCUAUUCCUUCUACGAUUUGACUGCGCGACAACAAGACGCAUCUAGACUCAACCAGCUGUACCAACAGGCGCGCUGGCAGAUCCUCAACCAGGAAGUCCACUGUACCGAAGAGGAGAUGCUUUUAUUUGCAGCGCUCCAGCUGCAAAUCGAACUGCAAACCCUGGCCGGUGGCAGUAUAGACGCGGCUGAUGGGGCACAGUCGACGCCGGGUGCAGCACCAGAGGACGAGAUCGACGCAGCCCUAAGUGAGCUGCAAGCUCACUUGGAAGGUGGACCACCAGCUAGGCCUGACAUCACCCAAGUACCAGAGCUCAGUGGAUACUUGAAAUAUCUUAGGCCGAGGCGGUUCUCACUGAAGGCGUACAAGCGCGGAUGGCUGUCCUGCCGUGAUGGGGUGCUCCGCAUCCACUCGUCUCGUGACGCUGCGGCCAAGGGCGAAGCCCCAUCGUACGAGGUCGAGCUAAGGGGGGCUGAGGUAACGCCUGAUGCUCACCCAGGCUCGGGGAGGUACAGCAUCAAACUGGAAGUGCCGUCAGAGGACGCCAUGCACGAAAUGUGGCUUAAAUGUGAAAAUGAGGAGCAGUACGCGGAGUGGGUGGCGGCGUGCCGGCUGGGCUCGCGCGGGCGGUCGCUGGCGGACGCGGCGUUCGCGUCGGAGGCGGCCGCCGUGCGCGCGCUGCUGGCGCUGCAGGUGCCGCGCCCCGCCGCCGCCACCGCCGCGCACCACCUCCCGCACCUCCACCACGUGCAGCCCGACAACUACCUCGCGCCCAGGUUCCUCAAGAAGCUCAAGGCCAAGUUCACCCAACGCGUUUUGGAGAGCCAUGCCAACGUAAAAGACCUUCCACUUCUCGAAGCCAAACUGCAGUACAUCAAGACAUGGCAAAAUCUUCCUGAUUAUGGGCAAACAUUGUUUGUUGUACGCUUCAUGGGACAUCGCAAGGAUGAGAUCAUAAGCGUCACGAAUAAUCGCAUCAUGAGACUCGACCCCAACACUGGAGACCACAUCAAAACUUGGAGGUUCAGCACUAUGAAGGCAUGGAAUGUAAAUUGGGAGAUCAAACACAUGAUGGUGCAGUUCGAAGAAGGCAACAUCAUAUUCUCGGUGCAGUCAGCAGACUGUAAAGUGGUGCACGAGUUUAUCGGUGGAUACAUAUUCCUCUCGAUGCGAUCCAAGGACGCAAACCAAACAUUGAAUGAAGAACUGUUCCACAAACUCACUGGUGGUUGGACAUAAACAUUACUACUAUAUUUUAGGGAAUCUUCAUGCGAUUCUUAGUAUGUCAAACAAAAAUAAGGAUGUUUUACGAUACAAUUGAAUCAUGCCAUUAUUAGGUACUAGUAUUUUAUACAAAAUAGGGAUUUUGAUAAUGUUCAAUAAUAUACACAAUACUUUUAUAUAUUUGCUUCUAAAAUUUCUAAUGCAAUUUUCUUAUAUUACAUAUAAAAUCGCAUGAAAUAAGGGCUUAUAAAAUGUGCCUUUAAUAUUAAUCUUGAUUGAAUUCCCUAUAUUAUAAGGUACAUGUAGAUUAUAAAUACUUUUAUUAAUAAUGAAUAUAUUAUUAUAAUAACAAAGUUAUUGUUUUUCACUAAGUUAUUACUUAUAUUGUAAUGGAUUAUUUAAUUGUCUGAUUUCAGAAUGUUUUUAAUUAAAUAUAGAGCUUCCAACUGUGUAAAAGCCAAAUAAUUAUAAUGUGAAUGAACACAGUAAUGCUGUAACCAGAGUAGGGCAUUAAAUAUAUUACUGUAAGCGACGGUAAAAGCUUUUGAUAGAUAAAUAAGUUAUAAUUUUUAUAAUAUUUAAUAGAGUAAAUGUAUUUUUUCAUUACACUAUAUUGAGAGUAAAGUGCCAUUAUAGAAAAGGUAAAUACAGCAUCUGACGGAUCUGAUUUGUGACCACCAUUUUUACACUUAACUACUAGUGGUCGUGUUUUAUGUGAAUUACUUGACUUGGUACCACCAAGCCGUUAUGAAUUCGUGUAGCGAGUAGAGGAUAUCAUUAUACCUUGACUAGCUUGGCGGUGGGUUAUAGAUAUCGCCCGUACGGCCGAAAGACAGAUAAAUCGACGGGUAUGCGCGCAAAGCUCAUCGCGUAUAUACAUGUUUAUACAAUUGUGUGUCCAUACACAAGGUACUGGUCACCAUAGCCGGGUUUUCUACGAAUUCAACCCAAUAGCUAAAGUGUUAAAAGCCAAUAUAGUAGUCAAACACACGAGAUCAAACAAGGUGAGACAUUCACAGCAACUUUGGUGCUUCUACGGGAAACUAUACUAGGGUAAUAUUGAGUGGCCUUAAUUCAUACAGAAUAAUACUAUAUUUUACACAUGACAAUGUAAAUAACUUUAGUUAGGCAUGUAUCGUUUAAUUAACGCCAAUAAAAUGAAUCUAUGAAAUUUGCGGCUUUAGAAUUCUUAUUCUUGUAUAAGUAACCUUAUUAAAUAAAAAUAAUGUAUUUUAUUGUCGUGGACUACUAGUCUCAUUGAGUUCGCAUAAAAUGCUGUCUUGUUUGUUUAAGUUUAGAAUUAAAAAUUGUAUUGUAUUAACAAAGUUUGCCUUAUUUUACUGUAGAGUUAUUGUACAAAUUGUAUGUACAUUUAUAUGGAUAAUAUAGUGUCUGAUUGUAAAUUAAUGUCCAAAUAAA